AUGGAUGCAAUUUCCGCCAACCAGGCCCUCGUCGACCCUAAUGCUUUCCAUAACCAUCCUUACCCAGCAUUGAUGGAUGUCGUCAUUGAAGAUAGUCCUUCACUUAUCACCUUCCUUCUAUAUGAGUCUAAAGAUGACUCUGAAGCUAAGAGCAGCUUCGUUAUGCACGAGAACCUGGCCCGGUCUUCAUCGACUUUUCUGGAAAUCGCUAUUGAAAAUACCUGGAUUGACACGCAGGAGAAGACUGUGGAACUAUAUGGGUUCAAGACUGAACCAUUUACGGUGUUCUAUAACUGGGUACAUACCCAACAGCUGCCGGUUUCGUUUGGACCUCAGCGUGAUGUUAGUGCGCAGUUGCAGGACCUUGACCUGGUUCUGACAGCAUACUCUCUCGGGGAAAAACUUCAUGCAAUGGAUUUCAAAGACGCACUACUCGACGCUUAUUGUUGGUUUUGCCGUUCGUUUGAACCAUAUUCGAACUAUAUAAUUCUUGGCCCUCCAAUCCAGAUUGGUUGGGUCUGGAGUGAGACUCCUCCAGCCUCGAAGAUCCAUGAACUACUACUCGACUGCAUAAAUUAUAAUGGCGGCGAACCGAGCUUGUGUGAAGAACAAGUAGAGCUAUUCUCGCAAGACUUUCUUCGGGCAGUAGCCCAAGAAACAUAUUCCAAGCCUGGACCCGAAGCAGUUCGACACAAACCCAUCAUGCACCCCGAUCCAUGCCAUUACCAUGAGCAUGGGCAGGAGAACAAUUGUUACAAAGCUCGUCUCUUCUAA